AUGCUAGACAGCUCAUCUGAUGAUCAUGUUUCUGUUCGAUGGGUUCAUCAUGAUGAUCAGCAAGAUCUUCUUGAGAACAUGAACUGCAAUGGCAAGACAUCUUCUGUCUCUUUGCUCUGUCACAGACUUACUCAUGAUCAUCACACAGAAGUGUCCAGCAACAGGCUAGAACUUGUUCUAUCUGAGGAUGCUAACAUUUGUGUCAAUGACAACAAGCAAGGUCUGAUGGAGUACAUGAAUCAUGAUGGCAAGACAGCAUCUGUCAUCAUUGGUGAGGAUCAGGCCAUUUAUGAGCUCAUGCUGUGGUGCUCUGUCACAGACUUAUCUGUGGUCAAUGACAUGUUCUGUGCCAUCACCAUGGCUGAUGUCUCACCUCCUUCCAUCUCAUCACAUCUUUUCGCAUUUGCAGUUUCUGAAUCCUUAUCAUCUCAUGGCUUGGAUGUCCUGCAAUGUGGUUCACAUGGUGGUGAUACUGAGCAUAUGACUCUCAUCAAUGAUGGCCACCAGCAAGCACGCUUCACACACAGUGUGGUUCAAAGCACAUGCGAUGUUAGCAAUGAUCACAUCAAUGUUGUAAACAACAGCAUUGUCAUUGAAGAACAUAAACAUGAUGCACCUCUUGCAUCAUCUAGCAGUGGCAGCCAUGGUGAUGACAGUGUUCAUUGUGAUGGUCUUAAAGAUGGUGAGAUCAUCAUGGAUGGCUUCACUCUUAUGAACAUUUCUCUGUAUGCUUCCGUUGACACCGUGGACUCCAUGCUUCAUGAGUAG